AACCUCAAGCUCCCUUUGUUUUUCCAAAAGGAAAUUAAAUUUAGACGAAAUAUGGGAGCAAAGAGAGGAAUUCCGAAUAGCGGGAUAGGAAAAGAGAAAGGAAUUGCUUUCUUUCUCUAAUCUUUUUUGCCCCUUUUUCUAUUCAUUCAUGGGAAGAAAAAUUCCUUUAGGAGAGGUUCAUCCCAAUCAUCCUCUCAUAUAUUUUUUAUUUCUUACUGCUUGCAUUGCUGCAACAAUUGGUAUAGUUUCAUCUCUUUGUGGUCUGUUAGAGAGAAUAAAAGGAUCUCCUAAUCCUUCUGCAGGAGAUAAUAUUGAAGCGAAAGAAAAUGCAACCAUUGUUAUCAAUGAGUCAUCUCAGGCAGAUAUUGUAAAAAUCUCAGAUGUAAAUGAGGAAUCAACCGAUAAACCAGAGCGAAAAAGUGACGAAAAAUUCUUGCAACAACCAUUGCCACCACCACCAGCUAUGAGGGCAGUUGCUUCUUGUAAUUUUAGGACCAAUUCAAUGGCUCCUGCUCGCGUUUCCAGGUCGAAUUCGAGCAUGAAAACUCUACAGAGAAAAUUAAGUACAAGCAUGAGCAUGAAGGCAUUUUCGGGGGCAUUAUCACAACGCCAUGAGAAGAAUUCCAAGUUGAAACACGAAGACUCAGUUUGGAAGAAACAAAUCAUCUUAGGAGAGAAAUGUAAAGUCCCAAAUAAUGAGGAUGAUGAUACGGUUUUAUAUGAUGAAAACGGGAAUAGAAUCUCAACUUAUCAUCCGAAACAACUCAAUGUCAUGUCCAUGUCACGGCAAUCAUCACAGAUAGAUGAAAAUGCAAUUCCAAAUAAAAGAAACUAGGUAGGAUGAAAAAACAAAACUAUGUAUAGAGCAAUUUUGUUUGUUCGGAAUGGUGAACACUGAUGAUGAUGAAGAGUUAACAUGGUUUCCAUUAAAUUCCUAUUUCAUUCUUGUUUGUAUAUAAAGUAAUUAACUUAUGGUUCUGAUCAA